GCGAGGCCGCCGCGGCGGCGGGGGAGGUGGGGCGAGGCGAGGCUUGCUAAGGCGAGGCGGCAGCCGGGCCGGGCCACAGGCGGUGGCGGCGGGACCAUGGACGCGGCUGCCGCUGCUCCGCGUCCCGGACUGUUCCCCCUCGUGCUGGCGGCGGCGGUGACGCUGGUCCCGGGGGCAACGGCAUUGCAGUGCUUCUGCCACCUUUGCACGAAAGACAAUUUUACCUGUGUCACGGAUGGGCUCUGCUUUGUCUCUGUCACAGAGACCACAGACAAGAUUAUACACAACAGCAUGUGCAUAGCUGAAAUCGACCUGAUCCCUCGAGACAGGCCGUUCGUGUGCGCUCCGUCCACAAAGACGGGGUCUGUCACAACGCCGUACUGCUGCAACCAGGACCAUUGCAAUAAGAUAGAGCUUCCGACCGUGGGAAAGCCGUCCCCAGGCCUCGGUCCCGUUGAACUGGCGGCUGUCAUUGCCGGGCCGGUCUGCUUUGUCUGCAUCUCCCUCAUGUUGAUGGUCUACAUCUGCCAUAACCGCGCUGCCCUCCACCAUCGAGUGCCGAAUGAAGAGGACCCUUCCUUGGAUCGCCCUUUUAUUUCAGAGGGCACCACGUUGAAAGAUUUAAUUUAUGAUAUGACGACAUCGGGGUCUGGAUCAGGCCUACCAUUGCUUGUUCAGAGAACAAUUGCCAGAACUAUUGUAUUACAAGAAAGUAUUGGCAAAGGCCGAUUUGGAGAAGUUUGGCGGGGAAAGUGGAGAGGAGAAGAAGUCGCCGUUAAAAUCUUCUCCUCUAGAGAAGAACGUUCCUGGUUCCGAGAGGCAGAGAUUUAUCAGACCGUGAUGUUACGUCAUGAAAACAUCUUGGGAUUCAUAGCAGCCGACAAUAAAGACAAUGGUACGUGGACUCAGCUCUGGUUGGUGUCAGAUUAUCAUGAGCAUGGAUCCCUUUUUGAUUAUUUGAACAGAUACACGGUUACCGUGGAAGGAAUGAUAAAACUCGCUCUGUCCACAGCAAGUGGACUUGCUCAUCUUCAUAUGGAGAUUGUCGGUACCCAAGGAAAACCAGCCAUUGCUCACAGAGAUUUGAAAUCAAAAAACAUCUUGGUAAAAAAGAAUGGAACUUGCUGUAUUGCAGACUUGGGGCUGGCAGUAAGGCAUGAUUCAGCCACAGACACAAUUGAUAUCGCCCCAAACCACAGAGUGGGAACAAAAAGGUACAUGGCCCCUGAAGUUCUAGAUGAUUCCAUAAACAUGAAACACUUUGAAUCCUUCAAGCGCGCCGACAUCUAUGCAAUGGGCUUAGUAUUCUGGGAAAUAGCCCGAAGAUGUUCCAUUGGUGGAAUUCAUGAAGAUUACCAGCUGCCUUAUUAUGAUCUUGUACCCUCCGAUCCAUCAGUUGAAGAAAUGAGAAAGGUUGUUUGUGAACAGAAGUUGAGGCCAAAUAUUCCAAACAGAUGGCAGAGCUGUGAAGCCUUGAGAGUCAUGGCCAAAAUUAUGAGAGAAUGUUGGUACGCCAACGGGGCAGCUCGGCUCACGGCCUUGCGGAUUAAGAAAACUUUGUCACAACUCAGUCAACAGGAAGGCAUCAAAAUGUAACUGCGGCUUUGCCCGAACUCUGCUCUUCGUCAGAUCUGCUCCUGGGUUCUGAUUUGGGAGGUCAGUUGUUCUACCUCACCGAGAGGGAAUAGAAGGAUGCCGCUUCCUUUGGAAAGGUCGAUUUACAACUCCCCAGGACUGCUGUGGACCCAGGAACCAGCCCUGUGGGUCCUCGCUGUGCACUAUGAACUCUUCUUUCCCGGGACAGACACGGAGUGUUGUGUAGUCUACCUUUACUUUUUAUUAACACAAGCCUUUUUUUACAGAUGAUUGCUGGUCUUAACUUUAGUGACCCUGCUGUGCUGAAGGUCAUCUUAAGGGUAAAGGAGCUGGAUUGCGAGUUACACGGAGCAUUUCUUGUUUUUAAAGAAAGUGAUUUACUCCUGGUUAGUACAUUCUCAGAGGAUUCUGAACCACUAAAGAGUUUCUUUGAUUCAGACUUCGAAUGUACGGUUCUAUAAAUUUCAGGAUCUUAAAACUAACACUUAAAAAACUCUUAUCUUGAGUCUAAAAAUGACCUCAUACAGUAGUGAGGAACAUAAUUUAUGCAAUUGUGUUUUGUAUACUGUUAUUGUUCUUUCACAUAUUCAGAACAUUACAUGCCUUCAAAAUGAGAUUGUACUACACCAGUAAGUGCCACUUCUGUGUCUUUCUAAUGGAAACAAGCAGAAUGGCUUAGAGCCUGUGCUUGUUAAAACCUGUAGUGUUUCGAUCCAAAAAGUGUAUUUAUCUGGUAACAUAGACCUUUUCUGUUCUGUUUUUUGGGAAGAGGUUUUGUGGUAUGUCAUUCGGUAUCCCAUUCUGAAAAAUGCCUUUCUCCUGCCAAAAUGUGCUUAAACCACUGAAGAGAUGAAGCGGCAUUCAUUGUCAGUUGUUAUCACGGUCACUUUCGAAGAAUCUCACGUCAGGUUUUUGUGUUUCAGCAGUGUUGUCUGAGUGUGCUUCAAGAAACACGGGGUGGCACUCUAGACGCUUCUAGGGCUUUCAUGUAAAGUUUGUAGCAUCCAGACUAAUUUUUCUAAAAGGGAGAAUCUGUCUAGCUGCUUGUGAAAAGCUGUGUGGCGUUCUGUAAGCCAUUUUGUUCCUUAUCUGAUCAAAGACAGUGUUAUUUUUUUAAGAAAUGAAUUAUGUUUCAAGUUAGCAUAUGGGUAAUGUUAAGUGAUAGGCCUUUUUCUAGGAGGGUAAAGGUAGUUAAUAAUUGGAGUAGGUACCAGGUGUGCAAGAGAGUCAUGUUUGUCACGUAGGGGUCAUUGUUCGGUGCAGUUUCUGUCUUUGUAACUAGGGUUAGAUUUAGUGUGGCUUUGAGGUCUCACUACAUUUUGAGGAAGGAAGCUUCUAAUAUUCUCUUUCCUUCUGUGCACAGAUAUUUUAACUGCCCAAUUUCCAUGGUUAUGUAAUAGAUUCAGUGCACUCCGGAUAUUUGGGAGAGUGGUAGCUAAAGCAUAUUCUGAAUUUAGGUUCUCCAUUUACAGGUGUUUUUUGGUCAGAGUAAAUGUUUCAAAUAAACUGGUUAUGGUCUUCUCA